AUAUCUCCCCCCCCCUGAGGAGAGUGCUUGUGCUCAGCUCGUGUCCAUCGCGUGGUGUUUAGGGUUUAUAUAAAUAGUUUUACCUGCAUUCUCCAUCAACCGCACCUUCAGAAAGUAAUCAGUGAAAAUGACGAAGUGUUACCCGACUGUGAGCGAGGAAUACAAGAAGGCCGUUGAGAAGGCCAAGCGCAAGCUCAGGGGUCUCAUCGCCGAGAAGAACUGUGCCCCAAUCAUGCUCCGUUUAGCAUGGCACUCAGCUGGAACUUUCGAUGUUAAGACCAGGACCGGAGGUCCAUUCGGAACGAUGAAGCAGCCUGCUGAGCUGGCACAUGGUGCUAACAACGGUCUCGAUAUUUCUGUUAGGCUUCUCGAGCCGAUCAAGGAGCAGUUCCCUAAUCUCACUUACGCUGACUUCUACCAGCUUGCCGGUGUCGUCGCUGUCGAGAUCACUGGUGGACCUGAAAUUCCGUUCCACCCCGGAAGAGAGGACAAGCCUCACCCACCACCUGAGGGCCGUCUUCCUGAUGCUACCAAGGGAGCUGAUCACUUGAGGCAGGUCUUUACUGCUCAAAUGGGUCUUAGCGACCAGGACAUUGUUGCCCUUUCUGGUGGCCACACCCUGGGAAGGUGCCACAAGGAGAGGUCUGGAUUUGAGGGACCAUGGACUACCAACCCCCUCAUCUUUGACAACUCUUACUUCAAGGAGCUCUUGGCUGGAGAGAAGGAAGACCUUUUGAAGUUGCCAACUGACGUAGUUCUCCUGUCUGACCCUGUUUUCCGUCCACUUGUUGAUAAAUAUGCUGCUGAUGAGGAUGCCUUCUUUGCCGACUACACUGAAGCUCACCUGAAGCUCUCUGAGCUAGGAUUUGCUGAUGCAUAAGCUUAUGGUUGCAAAACGAGAUGAAGCCAACAACGUUUGCUGCCUCACAUGUACUGGGUUUUGUAAACUCUUAAAAAAUAGUUACUUGGCAGCUGUUGGCUGAAGAAUUUGGGUGGUUUUAUGGUCUUAUUUUGUUGAACAUGUUGAAUGGAUUUUGGGGAGAUUUCAGAUGGUACUAAGCUUUUCUAGAUAAAUAAUAUAAUUUCUUCAAAAUGCACAUCCCCAUUCUGGUUA